CACCUGUCACUCAAAAGAGAUAGCGAUUUACAAUUGGAGAGUCGCGCUAGAUAAUCCGCCCUCCUUUCAUCAAGUUCAUUUGGAUUCUAGCUGCUGCUGCUUGUUCUUUGCCUUUCUGCCCAAUCCAUCGAAUCGGACCAAUUUGUGAAGCGAAUUCGGACCUUUCGAGUUCACAGUCCACGACUCUCGCUCGCCCCGUCCGUGUUGUCUGAUCCAUCGCACCCAAAUUAAAUAUUCAAAACAACAAUGGAUAAAGAAAAUCUUAUCCAGAAGGCCAAGCUGGCAGAGCAGGCCGAGCGUUACGACGACAUGGCCGAUUGCAUGAAGGUGGUGACGGAGAAGGGCGACGACCUGACGAACGAGGAGAGGAACCUGCUGUCCGUCGCCUACAAGAACGUGGUGGGGGCCCGGCGGUCCUCAUGGAGGGUGCUAUCCAGCAUCGAAGCCAAGUCCGAUACCAGCGAGAAGAAGAUGCAGCUGGUCAAGGAAUAUCGGGAGAAAGUGGAGUGUGAGCUGCAAGACAUCUGCAAUAGCGUAUUGUCGCUGCUGGAUGAGUAUUUAAUUCAGAACUCCAAACAACAAGAGAGCAAAGUUUUUUACCUCAAGAUGAAGGGGGAUUACUAUAGAUACCUCGCUGAAGUUGCCUGCGGGGAUGCCAAAAAAAGUAUCAUCGAUAACUCGCAGCAGGCCUACCAAGAAGCGUUUGGAAUCAGUAAGGCGGACAUGGAGCCCACACAUCCCAUCCGCUUGGGUCUGGCUCUUAACUUUUCGGUCUUUUAUUACGAGAUCCUCAACUCUCCAGAAAAAGCUUGUGAACUCGCUAAAAAGGCGUUUGACGAUGCCAUCGCUCAGCUCGACCAACUAAAUGAGGAGUCCUACAAAGACAGCACCCUCAUCAUGCAGCUCCUCAGAGACAAUCUGACACUAUGGACAUCAGACACCGCUGGCGAGGAAGGCGAAGCAGGAGAAAGAGGCGAUGGCGGCGAAACUGAGAACUAGAAGUCCUUGGCCUCCAACAAAAGGAUUAAGAAAAAAAAAACAAAAAAACUUUUUACACAUCUGCCAUUCCUUAUUGCUCCAAUCCAACAUUCUUCCAAUGAAACCCAUUGCUGAAACAAAGUAAUUAUGUAAUCAUGAAAAAAUUUAAUUGGGGGGUGCGGGGAGGACAAAACAGAUUAGGAUGACCUGUUAAAGUAAAACCCUCCAUUCCUUUGGUUUGUGUGUGUCCUGGCCUUUCAGUAUGUGCAAUUUCAGCUGUAGAAAAGUAUUGAUAGCUUGACAUGGUAUUACGCUCUUUUCCUAAAGUUAGAGACAGAACCCUCAGUCGUUACAUCGAUCAACUGGAAGUUUAUCCUCUGAGGAAGAUUUCGUUUCCAGGUGGUAUUCUUAGUUUCCUUUUCCUGCGCUAUCAAAAAAAAUAAAAGCAUUAAAAAAAAAGUGGUACGGUUACAGCGUCUGAAAUUACACUUAGUUUUCGUGCUGCAGGGAAUGCCAGUGGUGCACGCAUGCUGGCAGCAAAUACUUAGCAGUUCCCCAUUGGAUUAAUCCUCACUUUGAGGCCACUCUUUCACUAAAGCAUGUCUGUUGCGGGAGGGUGGACGCUGUAGCGGGGGGCUUGACUGACUGACACAGUGGGAACUUUUAACCCUGGAGAACCCAAGAACCCUUUUCUUCUUUGGAAAAUGAUAAAUUUUACAUUAAAUGACUGCUAUAUGUUCAUUGAACAUCAAGAUGGGCGUUUUUCCAAAUAUUUAAUGCUUUAAUCCUAAUUUAGGAUUAGGGCCAAAAUUGACCCUUUGGGAUUUAAGGGUAGCAUUUGAGUAGCAGAAUUUAUAGGGGCCAAAUUUGACCCCGUAGGUUCUCCAGGGUUAAUUCAAUUCUGUCAUUGCAUGUCUCUUGAGAUAUUACACUGGAAUGGGAACAAAUGCUGUAACACAAGUUCAAGUGUCAAGUUUAAUAUUUUUCAACGCAGGUUUGUACACAUCCGAAAAGAGGGUGGUCUGUUUGUCUGUCCAGUGAUUGUCAUUAGAGAUUUCGACCACUAUUGUUUUGCUAUUCAUUCAAUUGUAGUCCCCUAAAGCCUUGUGGAACUGUUUGAAUCCCUGUGUAACAGCUAUGUUAACAUGAAUAAAUCAUUUUAUAAACCA